AUGUCAGAGUCAGGGAUUUUUGUCAAUCGCAGCCUGGCCCUGGGGAAGAUUCGCUGCUUUGGUUUUGACAUGGACUACACUCUGGCUGCCUACAAGUCCCUGGCCUAUGAGACGCUGGCCUUUGAGCUGCUGCUGGAAUGCCUGGUGUGCAUCGGGUACCCUCACGAGAUCCUGCGCUACACCUACGACCCCGCCUUCCCCACCAGGGGGCUGGUGUUUGACUCACUCUAUGGGAACCUGCUGAAGGUGGAUGCCCACGGGAAUGUGUUGCUGGGUGUCCGCAGCUUCUCGUUUCUCUCUGAGGCAGAGAUCUGGAGCUUCUACCCCAGUAAAUUCAUUCAGAGGGACCACCUGCAGCGUUUCCACUUCCUCAACACUCUCUUCAACCUGCCAGAAACUUACCUCUACGCCUGCCUGGUGGACUUCUUCUCUGGCUGCUCUCGCUACACCAACUGUGACACUGGCUACCAACAUGGAAACCUCCAAAGCCUCUUCCAAGAUGUCACUGAUGCCAUGGAUAAUGUCCGCCAGUCAGGUUGUCUCAAGGAGAAGACUCUGGAAGACCUAGAGAAAUAUGUGAGUAGCCACAGGCCCAGGCAAAUCCCCAUUCUCCUGGGCAAGAUGAAGGAGGUUGGGAAAGUGUUUUUGGCCACUAACAGCAGCUACAACUACACAGAUGCUAUCAUGACCUACCUGUUUGGGGUUGGUGAGACAGACACCUCGGCCAGGCCCUGGAGGUCCUACUUUGACCUGAUUGUGGUGGACACGCAGAAUCCUCGCUUCUUUGCAGAGGGCACAGUGCUGAGACAGGUCAACACGGACUCGGGCAAACUCCGUGUGGGCACCUACACCGGGUCCCACCAGCACUGCGCCGUCUACUCUGGAGGCUCCUCAGAUGUGGUGUGUGAGCUGCUCCGGGUGCGGGGCAAGGACUUCCUCUACAUCGGAGGCCACAUCUUUGGGGACAUCCUCAAAUCCAAGAAGCAGCAGGGCUGGCGGACUUGCCUGGUGGUUCCUGAGCUGUCCUGGGAGCUGGGCAUCUGGGCCCGGGAGAAGGAGCGGAUGGAAGAACUGAAAAGACUGGACAUGCAUCUGGCUGACCUAUACCAGCACAUGGAUGGGAGCAGUUGUGGGCUGCAAGCCAUUAACUCCACCAAGAGGGAGAUUCAGAUGCCCCAUGAGCUAGCUGUGGAGCAAGAACCGGCAGGCGCAGAUCCCACCUCCAGCCGCCUCUCCUGCUGCCAGAGGGUGAAGGCCAAAGAGCACGAGGAGGACCCGGAGGGCUGCUUUGGGGCCCACUGA